AUGGUCAAUCAGAAGGCGGGUGUCUUGGCCGACGCGGAGGCCAGCCAAACUAUAUCUCCCCCUCGACCGUCUGAAUCCAAGUCCGAGACGCUGGACCUGGAAAACGAGAAGGAUGAAUUCGUGCUUGGCCGUCGCGGGAUCAUGGCGUUCUUUACACUGUCCGUGUUGACCCUCAUGGUUGCGCUGGACGGGACGAGCAUCUCCGUUGCGUUGCCGAUCAUCACACGCGAACUGAAAGGAACAGCCAUUGAAGCAUUCUGGAGCGGCACUUCGUUCUUGCUUGCUUCGACAGUCUUCCAGCCGAACUUCGCCUCCCUCUCUAGCAUCUUCGGGCGGCGACCGCUUGUCCUCGUUGCGCUGACGUUCUUCUUCGUCGGGACGGUCGUCUGCUCUGUUUCUAAGGACUUCACCUACCUCCUUGUUGGCCGGACGGUCCAGGGUGUUGGGGGUGGCGGCCUGAUCGCCCUGAGCGAAGUCAUUGUCACCGACCUUGUCCCACUAAGAUUACGAGGGCAGUACUUCGGCAUCCUCUCUGCGAUGUGGAGUGUUGGCUCUGUGACUGGGCCGAUUCUAGGUGGUGGGUUUAGUCAGGAUGUUACCUGGCGCUGGAUCUUCUACAUAAACUUCCCCUUUAUCGGCGUCGGCCUCGUCACAAUCCUCCUCUUCCUAAAGCUCAACAUAAUCCCCACCUCCCUGGCCGAAAAACUCCGCCAAAUCGACUACAUCGGGACCAUCAUCUUCGUCGGCAGCCUCUCCUCCUUCCUGAUCCCCCUCUCCUGGGGCGGCAUCCUCUACAACUGGGACUCAUGGCGCACCCUCGUCCCACUGAUGAUCGGCGUCGUUGGUCUUGCCAUAUUCGCAUUCUACGAGUACCGCUUCGCCAAAGACCCAAUAAUCCCACCCCGCAUUUUCCAAAACCGCACAGCCUCCGUCUCCUUCGCCGGCUCGUUCCUACAGGGCCUAGUUCUCUGGUGUCUCCUUUACUACCAGCCGUUAUACUACGAGGCCGUAAAGGGCUACACGCCCAUCAUGGCAGGCGUGGCCUUAUUCCCCGCAACAUUCACAGUCGCGCCCUCCGCAGCAGUCGUCGGCAUCCUCGUCACCAAGUUCGGCCACUACCGCUGGGCCAUCUGGCUGGGCUGGAUCCUGUCGACGUUCGGCCUGGGCCUGCUGUGCUACAUGGACGUGGACACCAGCAUCCCGGCCUUCAUCUUCAUCAACAUCGUGCCGGGCAUCGGCCUCGGUCUGCUGUUCCCCAGCAUCGGGUUCGCGAUCCAGGCGUCAGCCACGAACGAUACGCUCGCGAUUGCAGUCGGGAUGUUCAGCUUCUUCCGCGCGAUGGGGCAGGCUGUUGGCGUGGCGAUUGGGGGUGUGGUGUUUCAGAAUCGCAUGUUUGCGAACCUUGUUUCUUCUGCUAUCCCCGAUCUUGCGGCCAGAGCGUCAGAGUAUAGUCAAGAUGCCGCCGGACUUGUCGAGGUUAUUAAAGCGAUGCCUGAGGGCGCGGAGAAGUUGGCGCUGCAGACGGCGUAUACGGAUAGUCUGCGCAUUGUGUAUGCGGUCUGUUGUGGGGUUUGUGGGGUCGCUUUGGUGCUUAGUGCGGGUACGCAGAGUUAUGAUUUGAAUCGGGCGCUGGAGAGUAGCCAGGGGCUGAGGAGGGAGAGGAAUGAGGGUGGGGACAAGGUGUAG